AGUAAGGUAGCACUUACGCGCGCGGGCUUUGAACAACCACCAUCGCCAAUCCCUUCACAGGCGUGAGUCGCCCGCGUUCCCUACUUCCACUUCCAUUCCCUUUUUUAUUGGUUUACCUUCUGUUCUCAUUUUCUUGAUGGUCUUUUUUCACACCCACUUCAUUCUUAACACUGCAAACGGCGCAACGGUUCACUGAAGUUGACAUUUUCUGGUUUUUUUCUUCUCCACUCUCCACUGCUGAUUAAAUUCAAUUCAAUUUAAUCGUCAGCUUUACCGAAGGUGUCAAGUGAGUGUGUCAAUUAUCAAAACUGUGACAAUAUCUGGAGUGAAGAUUUUUCAUCAGUGACUGGUGCAAUUGGAUACAUUUAUCUGUACAAAAAAAAGUAAUUUCGUUCUGGUGCAUUUUAUCGACAAAAUAAUGGCAACAAUGGUCCUGUGGUAUAUUCUCCUGACCUGCCUAAUGAUUUUUAUAUUGUCGAAGAAAGGAGGUAUCCAAUGGUUAUCCCCAUUCCCAGAAGUCGGGGAUAAAAAGAAGAAAAAUCUCAAGGGACCGAAGAGUCUACCUGUUAUCGGUAGUCUCCAUCUUCUCGGAGGUCCUGAGGGCCCUUUCGCAGCAUUCACCAAGCUUGCCAAGGAGUAUGGAGAUAUUUACGAGAUUCAGCUUGGAGUAGCCAAGUGUGUGGUUGUCAGUAGCUACACUCUGCUCAGAGAAGUACUUAUAUCAAAGGGAAAUGAUUUCGGUGGUCGCCCGGAUUUCCUGAGGUUCCACGCACUCUUCGGCGGCGACAGGAAUAAUUCUCUGGCAUUAUGCGAUUGGUCGGAGGUUCAGCGUACGAGACGUUCACUCGCGAGGAGCUUCUGUUCACCCCGCGGUGGUAGUUUUCAACAGGAGGAAUUAUCGAGAAUAGCUGCACUCGAGACAUCAGAUUUACUUUCGACAUUGAAACAACCCGAGGCCGAAGGGGUUCUGAGUGGUGUUAAGCCACUGAAGCCCCUUCUCCUUCAGUCAGUGGCGAACAUGUUCACCAGGUACAUGUGUUCAACACGAUUUGAAAAUACUGAUGAAGAAUUUCGUCGGAUUGUUCAGUCCUUCGACGAAAUAUUCUGGGACAUCAAUCAGGGCUACGCAGUUGAUUUUCUUCCCUGGCUGAAGCCCUUCUACUCCAACGUCCUGAGUCGACUCGGUGGCUAUGCCAGCACCAUUCGGGGCUUCAUUCUCCGCCGAAUCAUCGAUCAUCGUCGUGCCAGCCUGGACACUGUCAACGGCAUUCCCAGGGAUUUCACUGACGCCCUGUUGCUGCACCUGGAGAGCCCCGAGACCGAUCUAUCGUGGGAUCACAUUCUCUUCGAGCUGGAGGACUUCCUCGGGGGACACUCGGCCAUCGGCAACCUAGUCAUGAUGAUUUUGGCGCAGACAACGGUACAUCCUGACGUGCAGAAAAAAAUUCAGGAGGAGUGCGACACGACCCUCGCCAAAUCGGAGCAUUCUGAUGGUCUAGUUGCUUUGGAUGAUCGACAAGACAUGCCCUACACGGAUGCCGUUAUCUGGGAAACACUGAGAAUGUCGAGUUCUCCAAUAGUCCCUCAUGUUGCCACUGUUGACACUCAUAUUGCUGGUUAUCCUGUCAGCAAGGACACAGUAAUAUUCAUCAAUAAUUUUGAAAUGAAUCUUGGUGAGGCGUAUUGGGGACCGGACUCGCGUCAAUUCAAGCCCGAGAGAUUCAUUAAGAUGAUUGAUAAUAAACCUCGAGUCACACGACCUGAACAUUUCGUUCCAUUUUCAACGGGAAAGAGAACCUGCGUCGGCCAGAAACUCGUUCAAGGAUUUGCAUUUGUCAUUGUCACUGCAUUACUCUCGCGUUUUGAUAUUCAUGCGGUUGAGGAUGUGAAGAGUAAACUCAUGCCAGGAUGCGUUGCUGUACCACCAGAUGCAUUUCACUUGGCAUUGACACCCAGACAAUCCACUUCACCCUGAUUUUAUCAUUUUUUAUUUUCCUCAUCUGACUGUCAUUAUUAUCAUUUUCUGUUGAUACUCUCAAUCAUAUCAAUGGCGAUUGAGCACAACUAUCGGGAGGUGGG